CGGGACACAAAAAUGUCACCUACCCUGGGGCAGACGUGGGGGCGCUAGAGCUCACUGGCGAAGGGGGAGCGUCCCUGCAGACAGCAGCUUCAGCAGCCAGCCGCCCAUAAAGGGGCAGAGCUCCCUGGCUCCCCGCGCUGCAUAGGUGCGGGCGGCGGCAGCAGCAGCAGCGUGCGGUGGUGCUCGGUGCUCUCAUGGUAUGUUUUGACCUGAAAUCCUGGCAUGUCAGUAGCCACGAGGACUGUUGGACAGCCACCUCUACAGGAUAAACCCGCCUGGGACAACUUGUGGAUUCUAUUAUGUGCUGCUUGGAAGAGAGAAGGGAGAAUAGGUGAACGUGUCCUGUGUUUUCAUGGGCCUCUCCUGUAUGAAGCAAAGUGUGUGAAAGUCUCCAUUAAAGACAAGCAGGUGAAGUACUUCAUUCACUACAGCGGGUGGAAUAAGAACUGGGAUGAGUGGGUACCAGAGAGUAGAGUACUCAAAUACGUGGACACUAACCUGCAGAAACAAAAAGAACUUCAGAAAGCCAAUCAGGAUCAGUAUGCAGAGGGAAAGAUGAGAGCGGCCGCUCCAGGAAAGAAGACGGCUGCACUUCAACAGAAGAAUGUAGAAGUGAAAACAAAAAAAAAUAAGCAGAAAGCUCCGGGGAGUGGGGAAGGCAGCAGUACCAGCGAUGCACCUCAGCCACCGCGCAAGAAACGGGCACGUGUGGAUCCCACCGUAGAGAGUGAGGAAACUUUUAUGAACAGAGUUGAAGUUAAAGUAAAGAUUCCUGAGGAAUUGAAACCCUGGCUUGUGGAUGACUGGGAUCUCAUCACACGACAGAAACAGCUUUUUAAUCUUCCUGCCAAAAAGAAUGUGGAGACUAUCCUGGAAGAAUAUGCUACAUACAAAAAAUCCCGGGGGAACACAGACAACAAGGAAUUUGCAGUGAAUGAAGUUGUAGCUGGUAUUAAGGAGUACUUUAAUGUUAUGCUGGGCACACAGCUGCUGUACAAAUUUGAGCGCCCUCAAUAUGCAGAUAUCCUGGCAGACCACCCUGAUGCCCCCAUGUCACAGGUUUAUGGUGCACCCCACUUACUGCGUCUCUUUGUGCGCAUUGGAGCCAUGCUGUCCUAUACUCCGUUGGAUGAGAAAAGCCUGGCCCUCCUUUUGAACUACCUUCAUGACUUCCUGAAGUAUUUGGCCAAAAAUUCCACCUCACUGUUCAGUGCCAGUGACUAUGAAGUUGCACCCCCUGAAUAUCACAGAAAGGCUGUAUAGUCUCAACACUGGCAUUCUCUGUUCAGGAUGGGGCAACGAGUGUCCAAGACUACCUUACCAGAUCAUUCUAGAGUAUAACAUGGUGCAAGUGACUGGAUGAAAAUGUGUGCUUCAUCCUUUUGGGUGAUCUUGUCUAUUUUAAGGCAGACUGAAGACCAUACUGGUAGACCAGCGACUGUUGGAGACAUCUGAACUUUGACCAGUGGUGUCUUGCCUUCUAUACUCGUAGACUAUGUGCGGCUGAGAGUUAUUGCUGCACUGAAAUGAGCCUGGUUUCCACUGCUUCGUGGUGAUUGUAUGGUUUUCAACUUUGUUCAUCUUGUGCAUAUUGUACGUACUCGCCUGCCCUAUCACUGGACCCACUCUUGAAGAAUACAACCUACGCCGACGAUGACAAAGGCUUCCUGGGAGUCCUCUGCGUCAUUGUGGAUUACGAUACCCUAUAACUCUUAUUGACUUCAUACUUAUCAACUUCCACCUUGUUACAUUAUUAUCUUCCAGGUCCACAUACCAGUAAUCUCCCAGUGCGGUCAUCUGUAUGUGCCGUGCACACAAUCGCACAAAUCUCUUCAGAUGCAUUGUCUCUGACACCUGCAUUUUAGGUAGUGCAUUUUUAGGAUGGGGAGACAAAACAAUAACCGUAUCAAGUGUUUGCUACAACCAAAUUCUGUUAUAUAAACCUUCUGAACUGAGGGAUCAGAAAUUGCUGCUGAGUGACUGUCAAAAUAUUUAGAAAAAAAAAUUUAAAUGUUGCAGACAGAGUAACUUGAACAAAGACUUGUCGGCUUCUUCAAGUGGAGGUCGCUUCCAGUAUGCCCCAUUCAUCUUCCGGAGGUGUAAUAUAUUUGAGUCUUUCUGCAUCGCCUAACAAUUGCUUGUCGUGUAGCAGGUGCCCAAAUUCUGUAACAUUUGUUUCUUCAAAAGCUCUUUGUGCAGCACAAGGUUGGACUUAAAUUAUUUGCCUUUGUGCAGUUGCAUGCUGCUUCCUUAUCUAUUGAGCAGCAGACAUUUGAGCAAUGUUCAUUGUAAGCUGUUGCUAAAGGUCUAAAAAAUGACCAUAAGCACUUUGUCUGUGCUGAUUUAUAUGUUUUGAGAUGGGGAGAAUUUGUCUAGUUUUUUUUUUUUUAUUGGUUUCCUAGUGGCUUGUCAUUCCAUGGGGUUUGCUUAAUUCUCCCUAUCAUUGUCACAAAUGCCAGCUAGUAUUUUGCUGUGCUUGGUGUUUACACCAUGGUUAGCGAUGUUCAAAUGUGUUUUUAAUGCAUGGUGGUUUUAUGUAUUGCUUUAAAAAUACAGUGUACAAAAGAGGUUCUAUAAAAUAAAGGGUCUGUUAUACCAUA